AUGGCUGAAAGUACAUCAUAUCUUCCACCGGAAAUCAUAGAAAAUAUCCUGUUGAGGUUACCGGCUAAAUCUCUUCUUCGAUUCAAAGCAGUUUCAAAAUCAUGGAAUACCGUUAUCGCCGAUCCUGUAUUCGUCCAAAAUCAUAUCCGACAAUCCAAACAUUCAAACUCCGACAACCUUUUUAUAUGUUAUGAUCAUAUGAUUUUUUCUUGCAGCACUUAUCCUUUUCGAGUGAUUAAAUUGGGAGAUAAAAAAAUCCAAACUUUACAAGAAAUAGAAUCCCCGUAUGAGUAUGGCAGGUGGCAUGCGUUAUGCUUUUUAGAUGGCGUCAUACUCUUAACCGACGGCACAUACGAGAGAUUCGCGUUGUGGAAUCCAUCCACUCGAACGUCGGAAAAGCUUCGGCACAGGUAUAGCUGUCCGUACGCAGCUUUCGGGCUUUGUCGCGAUCCAGCCACCGACGAUUUUAAGGUUGUUAUUGCUGAUUCAGACCACUACUCGGUUUAUUCUUGUAAGAAAAAAUCAUGGAUCAUGUUGAAAAAAGAAUACGAAAUUAAAUACACCUAUUUAGGUGUAGACAUCGGUUAUAAUAACAACGGAGUCUGUGUUGACGGGGCUAGCUAUUGGGUUUUGAUGUUGGAUAAGGCAAAUCAAAAUAAAGUGUAUUUGACUCUUGGCCAUCUAAAGAGUGAAGUUCAUGAAUUUGGAAAAUUAAAGAUGCAUCUUGAAGAACAAUGA